GAGAGGAGAGGGGCGUUCCUGGCUUCAUUCUGCUCUGUUGCGUGAGCCGCAACAAACACUGAGCAUUUAUUUACGGCCGAUGGGAAACACGUCGGGAUAAAACUCAUCAAAGCAGCAGCAGCAGCCAUGGGCAAGGCCCAGUCACACUUGGCCAAGAACAAAGACGAGAGUCAUGAUGCGUUGACGACUGCUGGCGAGUUCAGAGACAGUCACACGGACGAGGAUGGGAAGCACGGAGAUGUGUCUCAGUUCCCAUAUGUGGAGUUUACCGGACGGGACAGCGUCACGUGCCCGACAUGCCAGGGUACUGGUAGAAUCCCUCGAGGUCAGGAGAACCAGCUGGUGGCUCUGAUCCCGUACAGCGACCAAAGGCUCAGGCCGAGCAGGACAAAGCUGUAUGUCACCAUAUCUGUGGCCCUCUGCCUGUUGCUUUCUGGCCUCGCUGUCUUCUUCCUGUUCCCUCGGUCCAUUGAUGUCACCUAUGUUGGGGUGAAGUCAUCCUAUGUUUCCUAUGAUCAGCAGCAGCGGAUUGUCUAUCUCACUAUUACGAACACUCUGAACAUCACUAACAACAACUACUAUGCCAUAUCUGUGACCAACAUAACGGCACAAGUGCAGUUCUCCAAGACGGUGAUAGGCAAGACUAAGUUCAACAACACCACGGUGAUUAUGCCUCUGGAUGAACGGCAGCUUGAUUACACAGUUCCCACCACCAUCGCAGAUGAGAUGAGCUACAUGUUUGAUUACUGCACCUUGCCAACUAUUAAAGUCCACAACAUAGUGCUCAUGAUGCAGGUGACGGUAACGACGUCAUACUUCGGUCACGCGGAGCAGGUCUCUCAGGAAAUGUACCAGUACGUGGACUGUGGGGGGAACACAACCUCCAUGCACGGGCAUGUGCAGGUCUACCAAUAAAAGGGACAACCCUGAAAGUCUCCAUCAACAUCCUCUACAUAUGAACACAAAGCUCAGCGAAAAUGGAUUAAUGUUUCUCUUAAAAUGCUCCAAAAGGUUUUACCUCCUUUUUAUUCCUUCACAAUCACUUCCUUCACGGUAUUUGGCAGAAAACGCUUUGAGGUUUCCCCAACCAGACUACAGACAGACUAACCAGUUGAAGGAAGGCGUUCCUGACAUCGCUCCUCCAUGCUAAACAUCCUGGAAAGCAAUAGAUUUGAUGCACUUUAGUUUUACCUUUAUCUAGGAGAAAGUAAUGAGUGUUUCAGAAGAGUUAUACCCUAACCCUCUAAUUAUAAACCACUUUCUCUGUCAGUAAGGUCAGACAGAAAACAACUGAGCACUUCUCGACUGCAUUCCUUCACAUAGGUAACCUUUUUUUUGUUGUAUUAUUUCUCAUUUAUGGACUUUUGGUGUGAAUUAGUGCAAUAGUAACAACAGCUAUCUCGUGUCAUUAUGUGCUUUUCUCCGUUAUCAGACACCAUUAAGAGAAAUGUAAAGACUUUUAAGCUAAACUUAUUUUAUGUAAUGAUUAAAAAGAAGAAUAAGUGUGUAAAAGGGAAGAUAUUAAGAUCCAAACCAACAGCGGAGCAUUACAGAAAUCUAAAAAUACAGUUAUGUGUAAAUGUUUGUGCUCUCUUUCAUUUAUUAUUAUUAUUUUUUUUAAAGAUCCAAUCCGAAUUAACCUUGUGCCCAUUUAAUGGGAUCUUUGUGGGGAGUGGUGUCAUUUGCAGCAAUGUUUGCUUAUUUUUUUUAAUCCACUCUGCACUGUGUAACUUUAAUACUCCAUUACGAGUUCCUCCUGUUUGUUCUUAUCCUUUUUUUUCCCCCCACUUUAUUACUUUCAUAUAUUGUGUUCUGAAAUUAUUUGCUUUUUCAACUAAAAAAAGUUUUUUUCCAUCUAACUUGGCUUGUGAUCAUCCAGGUUUAUUGUUUAAACCUUAAUGGGACUUUUCUGACAAUUUUUACACCCUAAACCUAACUCUUCUUCUUCAUGAUAACAACAUAGAUGUGCAUAGUUUUUAACAUCAGAAUUUUGGUUUUUGUGGCUUUCAUGCAUGAAGUUGAAAAUAAAAUUAUAACUCAA